CCCCGACCGACGGGCCGCGAGCAGGGAGGGCCGCCGUCCUGGCCUCCGGGCUGGCUUGGGUCUCCCUGUAGGUUGGACUGGAGGCCAGUUCCGGUUCGAGGAGCCGAGAUUUCUGUGUGCUGGCAACUUCUGCUGAGGAAAACCCGCUCACUUCGCCCACCCCCUCCACCAAUGGGCCGCCCCACUCCAGCCUGCGCUCUGAAGCGAUCGGGGCCGGGGUUCCUCGCUUCGGAGGGGAGCGCGCGCUCGGCGCCCCGGAGCUCCCGCGCGUGCGCAGUGUGGUUCUCGGGUAGGCCGGGCGCAGGCUGCGGGCCGCGAUCGCCCGCAGGUUAGAGUUCACUGCUUGGCUUGAGCAAAAAGUAGCGGCAGCCUGAAUUCUGGGGCCUGGUUAUAGUUAAUGGUUAUGGGAGGUUCUUCGAGGCUUGCUAUUGACUAACAAGUGGUGUAAGCGUUUGCUGUGAGGAUUCAAAGUAGAAUGGAGUGAACGUCCCGCCAAGAAGCGGGCUGUGGUUAAUAGGAAAAGCGUGCGUAGAACUAAUGACGCAAAACAGCGCGGGAGCCCUGCAGCCCUGCGUGAGCGAGGUUCAGAUUGGCCAGGAACGCCCUUAGAGCAUGUACUUAUAAGGUGCCACCUGUGUGCUGCUCUCUCGAACAACUUGUUGACUCAUUUAAAUCUCACAGCCACCUGGUGAGAUCUUCAGUUUAGAUCUUGGAGGCAUAUUAACUGUGGUUCUAAAUGGAUAUGACAUAGUAAAGGAAUGCCUUGUUCAUCAAAGUGAAAUUUUUGCAGAUAGACCAUGUCUUCCUUUAUUUAUGAAGAUGACAAAAAUGGGAGGCUUACUUAAUUCCAGAUAUGGCCGAGGAUGGGUUGAUCACAGAAGAUUAGCUGUAAACAGCUUUCGCUAUUUUGGAUAUGGCCAAAAGUCUUUUGAAUCUAAAAUCUUAGAGGAAACAAUUUUUUUCAUCGAUGCUAUUGAAACAUACAAAGGUAGACCAUUUGACUUUAAACAAUUAAUAACGAAUGCUGUAUCAAACAUAACCAAUCUGAUCAUUUUUGGAGAAAGAUUCCGUUAUGAAGACACAGACUUCCAACACAUGAUUGAGUUAUUUAGUGAAAACGUGGAACUAGCUGCCAGUGCCUCAGUCUUCCUGUACAAUGCCUUUCCAUGGAUUGACAUCUUACCUUUUGGAAAACAUCAACAGCUGUUUAGAAAUGCAGCAGUGGUCCAUGAUUUCCUCUCCAGACUUAUUGAAAAGGCUUCAGUCAAAAGACAGCCUCAGUUACCUCAGCAUUUUGUUGAUGCAUAUUUAGAUGAAAUGGAUCAAGGUAAAAAUGAUCCAUUAUCUACUUUUUCCAAAGAAAACCUAAUUUUUUCAGUGGGUGAGCUCAUCAUUGCUGGAACUGAAACUACAACCAAUGUGCUACGGUGGGCGAUUCUUUUCAUGGCCCUUUACCCUGACAUUCAAGGACAAGUUCAGAAAGAGAUUGAUUUAAUUAUGGGCCGCGAUGGGAAGCCUUCUUGGGACAACAAAUGCAGAAUGCCUUAUACUGAGGCAGUUUUGCAUGAAGUUUUAAGAUUUUGUAAUAUAGUUCCACUAGGCAUUUUCCAUGCAACCUCUGAAGAUACAGUUGUACGUGGUUAUUCCAUUCCAAAAGGCACAACAGUAAUUACAAAUCUUUAUUCUGUACACUUUGAUGAGAAGUACUGGAGAGACCCAGAUGUGUUCUAUCCUGAGCGAUUUCUAGACAGCAGUGGAUAUUUUGCCAAGAAAGAAGCUUUGGUUCCUUUUUCUCUAGGGAGAAGACAUUGUCUUGGAGAACAGCUGGCACGGAUGGAAAUGUUCUUAUUUUUUACAGCACUGCUUCAGCGGUUUCAUUUGCAUUUUCCACAUGAAUUAGUUCCAAAUCUGAAGCCCAGGUUAGGCAUGACACUGCAGCCCCAGCCCUACCUCAUCUGUGCUAAAAGACGAUGAAAGUUCAUGGAUAUUCUGGUCAGCUACAGUGUAUGUUUGCUUCAUAUUUGAACUUCGUUUAAUCAAUGUGUGCGUCUGGACAAAAAUCACAGCAUCAUGAAGCUAAAUGAACACAGACGAAAGUCGGAGGUUCGAAGACGAUCAGAUACCAUCGUAGUUCCGACCAUAAAUGAUGCCGACUGGCGAUGCGGUGUUAUUCCCAUGACCCGCCGGGCAGCUUCCAGGAAACCAAAGUCUUUGGGUUCCGGGGGGAGUAUGAUUGCAAAGCUGAAGGAAUUGACGGAAGGGCACCACCAGGAGUGGAGCCUGCGGCUUAAUUUGACUCAACAAGCUAUCAACUUGUUUCACGAUUAUGUGACUUCUAACAAUUCUUUUAUGAGGAACACAGAGGUGCAAAUGAUAGGUGUUGCUUAAAGUGCUAAGAAAGGGGGCAGGUGUUGUGGUGCAGCAAUUUAAGGUAUCAAAUUAGGAUUGCCCACAUCCCGUAUCUUUUCAAUCUAGCUUCUUGCUAAUAGCACCUGAGAAAGCAGCAGAUGAUGCCCCAAGUACCUGGGUCCUUGACACCCAAGUAGGAGACCCAGUUGGAGUUCCUGGCUCUUUGCUUCAGCUUGACCCAGCCUGGCUGUAAACUGGGACACUUGAGAAUGAUGAGGUGAUAUUAAUAAUUAUGCCAGGACAACAAGAAUAAAUUGUAACUGGCAUGAACAAACUGAAAUGUUUAGCCAUCCAUCUAUAGCUGUUUUUACGUUGUCAUUUUUUUCUAAAGUUGUACAUUAAGAGCUCAUGUUUAUGUAAUCUGACUCAUGAAUAAUUGCAGCCACAGAGUAAGUGCACAUAACAAUGACUUAAUAAUUUGGAUUUCACCUUAGUUUGGCCUCAUCUGUUAAAUAUUUUCAAGUCUGUUACAAAUAAGGGGUCUUUGUAUCUCUGAUAUGUUAAGAUGUUUCCAGUUGCAAGGGAAAGAAAAUCCUAUGCAAAUUUACUUAAAUAGGGGCAGGAAUUUGGCAUAGCAAUUAAGAAGUUGGUUAGAGCAUCUGCAUUCUAUAUUGGAGUACCUUGGUAGCUUCUCAGCUCUACUUCCCAAUUUCAGCUUCCUACUAAUGUGUACCUGGAGAGGCAGUGGGAAAUGGUUCAAGUAGUUGGGUCCCUGCCACCCUCAGCUCCCAGCUUCACAGGUGGUUGCAGGCAUUUGAAGAGUGAACUAAUGGAUGAUAGCUCUUUGGUACUCCCUCAAAUAAAUUAGUUAAUUUUAGAGAAAUCUGUAGACAGUGUGGAAGUUUUAAGAUUGGUAUAGCCUAGAUGAUCCGUGGUAUAACUGAAGAACCAGUUUGUCUUCAACCUUCAAUUUUGCCUUCCAGAUGGUGCCAGUUUUAUUUUAAGGCUGGCUUGUGGAUGUACAGGUACUUUGCCUAGCUCCAUAAAGAACAAGUCUGGAUUGUUUCUGGAGAGCAAGGGAGUUUUUCGGAUGUCCUCAGAAAACCGUUCUUUGUGUCCUACAGGUACUGAGUUACAUGCCCAUUAGUUAACUCAAGACUGUAUUUUAUGAGUGGGAUUAUGAUGUACUUAGGCCUGAGCAUAUGCUUAGCUAUGAGAAUUAGUGAUGGAAUUGCCUUCUCCUAACGUGCACACGGUACAUAGGGGUGACAUGAUUAUCUAAGCAAAAAGAACAAGUAUGAAAAUAAGCUGUAUAUCAGGAAACUGGUUAUGAUAUCUCCCUGGGCCUUUCCUCUACCCACUUGCUAAGCCAGACAGCUUUCCAACUUAUCUUUCUGAAUCUUUUUUUUUAAAUAUUUAUUUAUUUAUUUGAAAGUCACAGUCAGAGAGGCAGAGAGAGAGAGAGAGAGAAAGAGGUCUUCCAUCCACUGGUUCAUUCCCCAAAUGGCUGCAAUGUAGAGUUGGGCCAGUCCGAAGCCAGGAGCUUCUUCUGGGUUUCCCACAAAGGUGCAGGGGUCCAAGUACUUGGGUCAUCCUCUGCUGCUUUCUCAGGCACGUUAGCAGGGAGCUGGAUCAGAAAUGGAGCAGCCAGGACUUGAAGCGGCAUCCAUAUGGGAUGCCGGUGCUGCAGGCAGCAGUUUUACCUGCUACGCCACAGUGCCAGCCCUAGCUUUCUGAAUCUUGACAAACAUUCCUAGUCAAGUUGCUUCUUAAUUUUUCUUCAGUACAGCAGAUCCUCUCCUACUUACUGUCCUAUCUCCUAUAGAAGCCUAAGCUAAACUCUACAGACUGGGGCUUCUGGAGGCUUGACAAUCUUAUGUAACAAAGCAAUUUAGUGAAUGAAGUAAAUUAUAAUAAAAAUUUUGGAGGCUUUAUUUUACUUUUUUUUUUCUUUUUUUUUUUUCUUCUUUUUUUUUUAUCUUUUAUUUAAUGAAUAUAAAUUUCCAAAGUACGACUCAUGUGUUACAAUGGCUUCCCCCCCCAUACCGUCCCUCCCACCCACCACCCUCCCCUUUCCCACUCCCUCUCCCCUUCCAUUCACAUCAAGAUUCAUUUUCGAUUAUCUUAAUAUACAGAAGAUCAGCUUAGUAUACCUUAAGUAAGUAUUUCAACAGUUUGCUCCCACACAAAAACAUAAAGUGAAAAAUAACAGAUGAUUUUUUUUAAAUGAUGAUGAAAUCAGAUCAGACCUAUUGUCAUGUUUAAUCCCAGUGAGAGUCAAGUUGGGAAUUGAUAAUUUCUUUCUUUUUUUUUUUUUUUUUUUUUUUUUUUACAGAAGAUCAGUUUAGUGUACAUUAAGUAAAGAUUUCAGUCGUUUGCACCCCCAUAGAAACACAAAGUGAAAUAUACUGUUUGAGUACUCAUUAUAGCAUUAAGCCUCAGUGUACAGCACGUUAAGGACAGAGAUCCUACAUGAGGAGUAAGUGCACAGUGACUCCUGUUGUUGACUUUACCAAUUGACACUCCUGUUUAUGGCAUCAGUAAUCUCCCUAUGCACCAGUUAUGAGUUUCCAAGGCUAUGGAAGCCCCUUGAGUUCUCCGACUCUUAUCUUGUUUAGACACGGUCAUAGUCAAAGUGGAGGUUCUCUCCUCCCUUCAGAGAAAGGCACCUCCCUCUUUGAAGACCUGUUCUUUCCACUGGGAUCUCACUCACAGAGAUCUUUUUGCCAGAGUGUCUUGGCUUUCCAUGCCUGAAAUACUCUCAUGGGCUUUUCAGCCAGAUCCGAGUGCCUUUAGGGCUGAUUCUGAGGCCAGAGUGCUAUUUAGGACAUCCGCCAUUCUAUGAGUCUGCUGACUUUUAAGUACUACUCCUAUUGCCUCUAGUACCCUUUAAAACUCUAUAAACCUAUAUAGAGUGAAGAUCACCCUAUUUUCUUACCUUUUAUCUAAAGUAAUAUUUGCAUUUUUCCUUAAUUAGGUUUAAUGUAAACUUGCCAAAAAUCAAGAUACAGAAUCAUAAACUGUUAAAGGUAGACAAGCCUUAUCUCGCUUAACAUGCUCAUUUUAUAGUACACAAAGUAAUUGUUCAGAUAGAUAGUUAUUUCUCUACUGAAUGGUAGAGGAAUGCCUUUUUUUAUCCCAUACUCUUUUUACUCACACCCAGUUAUACUCUGCUUUAUACGCUGUAAGAUUUUUUUUUCAUAUACUGUAAUCUCAACUUUGCAGUCAAUAAACUGUGAUAAAAAUAAAACUAUUUCUGGAUAAAUUAAAUGAACAAAAUGAGCAAAAAUACCUAAUUUUUAAAAAUUACAUUUGGUGCACCAACAUGACAGAGAGUCUUUGCAGUGGGAAUGCCUUCUUUCUCACCAGUGACAAACUACUGAUUAGAAUAUUGGAAAUACAACUUCCAAUUCAAGACAGCAACAGCAAGCACACAUUUCUUCUCAAAUACUGCUGAAAUAAUAUAAUCACAGAAAAAAAUAACAGUAUUGAGAAUGGGGGUGGAGGGCAAUAUUAAUGCAGUAGAUAUUUUCAAGUUCUAGAAGAUGGAAGGUAAAUGGGAAAAUAUUAAAGGAACUACAGGUAAGGUCAUACAAGACGAAGUCUGAGGUUGAGAUGAGAGCCCAUUCUUCAUAGGAUAGCUGUGGAGAAAACCAGUGCGUAAGAAGAGCAAAUAAGGAGAGUACAAACGGAGGAAAAUAUCAAGCUGACUGAGUCUUUGGGGUAAGCAGCUGAACAAUUUGCCCAUCCCCACUUUGCUUUCUCCUUCUGUUUGUGUACCUGUAGAAUUUCCCACCAGUAUUGAAAUAAAAAUGUAAAUGAAUUGAGUGCUAUCCCCAGGAUAGUUAUACUCCUAUAUGGGAUUAGUGUCCUAGUUUGAGGACAACUUAUUUUGAUCUGAUUUUGAACCUAAAUUUCUGUAUCACCCAAAUAAUCAAGGGUAAGGGCAAGUUUAAGUGAAAUAAGUGGUGGUUGAGGAAAUAUGGGCAAAAGGACUAGCACUGAAUAGUGAAUAAGUUUAAAUGCAAGUUUAGAAAUAACAUGAAGACAAAGGUGGGGCAAGUGUGAUAAAAUAAUAUCUAAAUAUUUUAUAUUCUGACAGUGUAGAAAUCAUCUAACAAAAAGUGAGACAAGGAGAAAAGGUAGAUUAUGGAAUAAACUCUGAUUGUUUCAUAUAUUCACAGUCAAAAGGUAUGUAUAACUUAAAACUGACAAACCAAGUAGCAGAAUUUUAAGCAAACUUACAAGUAUAAAAGUAAAGGAUAAUAGUGCCUGAAAUUGUAUAGUGGGAGGUAGGUAGGAAGACUCAAUACAAGCUAAUAUUUUAUUAUUCAUUGAAGAGAAACAGAUACUAUGAAGAAACAGGGCUUAACGGUAUUAUAUAAAUAUAGAAGUAUAAAGAUGGAUAUUAUGUAAGUGUAGAAAUAUACAAUGAUCACUGAAUCAAAGAUACAAAUCUUCCUAAAUGGCAGGAUAACUAAAAUUACUUUUUAAGAAUAAUUAAGACCCUACAUAUAAUCAGUGAAUAGGCUUUUCUCAUCUAUUGAAGUGUUCAGUUUGGAUCAAACUAAAUCCAUACUAUAUUAUGUAGUAUAGUAGAGAUACCUGAAACAUACAUUGAAGUUUAAGGAUGGGCAAUGGCAUAACUUUCAAUGCAAUUAAAAAUAAUUCAAGAUCAUGAUUUUAAGAAAGCAAAGUAGAAUUCAAACCAAAAGGCAUAAGGCAAAGAAGUGCACUAUAUAGUUCAUAAGGAAACUAUAAUACUUACAAUAGCACACCAAAUAACAGCAACUUUCAUAAAACAAAUUAUAAUAUAUAAGGAGAAAUACUAAGUCUCCUUAAUACUAGGGGACUUUAAUUUGCUUCUGUCAUUCUAUCCAGCUUCUAGUAAUGUACACUCUAGUAGGCAGCAGGUGAUGGUUCAAGUACUUGGGUCCCUGACACCAACAUAGGAGACCCAGUUCUGGGCUGCUACUUUCAAACUGGCCCAGCCCCUCCUGUUUGUGGGCAUUCAGAGAGUAAACCAACAUGAGAGAGAUAUCUCACUGUCUCUCUGCCUUUAAAAUAAAUGAAAUAAAUACAUUUUUUAAAUUUGAGAAAUAUAGAUAACUCAACUUCUAGCCAACCAGCAAAACUACCAAAAAUGAUGGUGACAUAAAGACAUUUUCAGCUAACUAUUGUAAACUCUUCCAGUCUACUGAUUGUGAAAUUCUAUUUCCAAUAUUGUCUUCCCAAGUGAAAGGGAUAGACAUUUGAAAAAGGAAAAAUUACAAGAUAUCUAGAGUCUCAUUACAAGUACUGAUUCAAGUCCCUUCUUCUUGGCUUGGGAUCCAACUUCCUGCUAAUGUGCCAGAGAAAGCAGUGGAUGAUGGCCCAGGUACAUGGGUCCCUACCAACCACCUGGGAGAUCUGGAUGGAAUUCCCGGCAUACAACUCUUUUUUAAAAACAUGAUCUGGUUAUCUAUUUAAUCAAUGAAAAAUUAUUUUAAAGGCAAAUAUAGGAGGUUACAUAGUUGUGAUUAAAAAAAAAACAGCAUUUUUAAUAUGGAGAAGACUCAUUUUUCUUAAAUAGUCAAAG